CUGAGGUUCGCCUCCGGCGCCUUCAUCAAGUUCCUGGCGGUUGACUACGUCAAGGUGCUGCCCAAGCACCUGCUGGACCAGGGCAUCGACCUUAACCUGGCUGAGAACGUCAUCGAGCAUCGGUCCGGGUCCGGGCCCUUCGUUCUCGACGAUUACCAGAGGGGAAGCUUCUACAAGGUGUCGAAGAACCCCGAUUACUUCAAGGACGGGCGCCCCUACUUCGACGGCAUCGACCACACCAUCAUCGUGGACCCCAGCGUGCUGAUCGCCCAGAUCAGCGGCGGGCAGAUCGAUAUGUCCAACGGCGGUUUCACCAAUCUAACUCCCACCCAGGUAUUCGAGCUGGAACGGGACACCGACGGUAAGUAUCGCGCUUUUGCAGUGCAGCCCACGGCUGACUGGGGCUUGAUGAUGAACAUCAAGAAGGAGCCCUUCAACGACCCCCGCGUCCGCAAAGCCAUCGCGCUGGCCAUCGACUACCAGCAGUGGAACGACCUGGUCUUCGACAACACCUCAGGCGUGGGAUGCCCGCUGAUGGGCUUGGCCCACAGCUUCGAGGAGUGCGAGACCUGGCCCGGCCUGCGGCCCAAGGACACCCCUGAGGGUCAGGCCGACUUGGCCGAGGCCAAGAGGCUGAUGGAAGAGGCCGGCUUUGCUGGCGGCUUCAGUACCCGCUACGAUGUGCGCCAGGUCGGGACCUAUCCCGAACAGUGCUCGGUGGUCAAGGACCAGCUAGCAAGGAACCUGGGUAUCAAGGGCGAUCUUUCGACCUACCCCAGCGCGGCUGGUUACGACCUCUUCGCCACCUCCCGCCCGGUGGACCAGGCAGGCGACUGGGAGUUGGCCUGCCAGGGUGAGGGCCAGGUGGUGCUGGAUGUGGACGGCAUAAUGGGCGGCGUUUACCUGAAGGGCGCCACCCGCAACUACACCGACUGGGAAAAUGAACAGGUGAAUACCUGGCACGAACUGCAGAAGCAGGAAACCGACCCGGACAGGCGCCGGGAAAUCAACAAGGAAAUGGAGUCCUACCUCUUUACCCAGGACGACAACCACUGGGUAACCCUUGGCUGGGGUGUCCUGCAGUGGGUGGUCAGCGAACAGAUCAAGAAUUUCCAUGCUCCUCAGACCGUGCAGACCCACUUCAAGCACGAGGACAUUUGGCUGGAGCGCUAG